AUUAUUUGCAAUUGGAAAUGCACCAUAGACAUUGUUGUGGUGGGGUGAAGUGGAGGUAGCUUGUAAUUUACACAAGCAUAAUGAUUUAGUUAGAAGUGUUAAUGAUGCGAUGCGACCAACAGGCAAUGAAGAGAGAUGUAGAAGUCAAAGCAGACAUUAAAAGCGGCAACAGUGGGAAGUCUAGUGAUACUAGGUUGUAGGCAUGAAAAACAAAACUAAAAGAAAGGAGUCAGAAAUGAGCGGCACUGUUACGGCAACUUGGGUUCAUCACCUUCCUUGAUGCAGUCCCAUUUUUUCCAAUUGUGGUGGCCAACGCUUUUUCCAUUUGGGGUAUGUUUCUUCACCAAAACCAUACUUUUUCCAUUUCUGGACAAGGUUAAGCCAAUCAUAUUUAUGAGAUUGACGCCAACUACACACUGCCACUGUGCGAGGACAAUAAGUCUGACUUAGAUUUUGCAAACCCACCAAAACCCAAUUCAUUUUCAGAAAAAGGGAAUAUAAUUACUCACUCGAAGGAGAAACUUGUGUUGUCUAGGUUAGUAGCUACUAGCAUAGCCUACCCUUCCUACUCCCAUUUUUACCUUUUCUUUUCCAACUGCAUAAUAAUUCUUCUAUUUCGGAUAAUCAUAUUAGUGUCUGCAUGGCGUGACUCAUUUACGUACCAAUUCAAGAGCUGAUGACAAUUAAUUUCAUCAAGAUUCAAGACAAGUUGCUGCUGUAUUCAUCAACAACAUACUCCACAUAUUAUAUGAAGAGAAGAGUUUCUAGUUGUUUGUUUUGUUUUUAAUUAAUUAAUUAAUAAUUAUUUUUACGAUAGCAUUCAUAACUUUCUGUGUUGAUUGUCAGAGGUCUGGUGCACGUCCUUCCUUCCUCGGCAUUGACAAGAAAACACUGAAAUGAUAGAUGCAUCCAUCACGAAUGACUUUCAGUGCCUUUAAUUUCCCCCUCACCAAUUUAUUUUGAUUUUUGUAAAAUUUUCACAACACAUUACACAUUGCCACUUCCUAUAUAUGUCACAGCUCCGCAUCUACGAAAGAGUGUCUUUUUCUUUCAUAAAUUGGCUUCUCUUAGCUUAACUCCACUGAAACCUAGCAAGUGCAGUUGCCUCAAUUACACAACAAACAUCCUUAAAAAUUUUAUGGAGCCUUUCCACUCUCCCAUAAGCUUACCUAUUCCCUACGCAUUCGCCUCCUCAACCUUACUCUGCACUCCAAAUCCAAAUCCAAAUCCAUGGAUGGACUGCAGAAUCUGGAGCAGACUGCCGCAGAGGCUGCUUGAUCGCAUCGUGGCUUGUCUGGCGCCGCCGGCCUUCUUCAGAGCCCGUGCCGUGUGCAAGCGGUGGUACGGCCUCAUAUUCUCGGCGGCCUUCAUCGAACUGUAUCUGCAGGUGUCCCCUUCCCGCCAUUGGUUCCUCUUCUUCAAGCAGCCAGGCCUCAAGAACUGCAUCUACAGGAACACCAACACCAACACCAACACCAACGGCGAGGGGUACCUCUUUGACCCAGAAAACCUAAAAUGGUAUCGCCUAGGUAUCCCCCCUCUGAUCCCGGCGGGAGUGUCGCCGGCGUGCUCCUCGGGCGGACUCAUCUGCUUCGUGUCGGAGGAAGCCGGGUCGAAGAGCAUCCUUGUGUGCAACCCGUUGAUGGGGUCGCUGCUUCAGCUGCCGUCCACCCUGAGGCCCAGGCUUUGCCCUUCCAUCGGCAUGACCAUCACCAACUCCUCCAUCGACCUCAUCUUCGCCGGCGACGACCUCAUAUCGCCCUACGCCGUCAAGAAUCUCACCUCCGAGAGCUUCCACAUCGACGGCGGGGGGUUCUACUCCAUAUGGGGGACGACGGCGUCGCUGCCGCGGCUGUGCAGCCUGGAGUCGGGGCGGAUGGUCCACGUGGAGGGGCGGUUCUACUGCAUGAACUACAGCCCUUUCAGCGUGCUGGCGUACGACGUGGGCAUGAACCAGUGGAGCAAGAUUCAGGCCCCCAUGCGCAGAUUCCUGCGCUCCCCGAGCUUGGUGGAGAGCCGAGGGAAGCUCAUACUGGUGGCGGCCGUGGAGAAGAGCAAGCUCAACGUGCCCAAGAGCUUGAGGCUCUGGACUCUGCAGGAAUGCGGGACCUUGUGGGUCGAGAUUGAGAGGAUGCCGCAGCAGCUCUAUAAUCACUUCGCCGACAUCGAGUGGGGCCGGGGCUUUAACUGCGUUGCGCACGGCGACUUCGUCGUCAUCCUCAUCAAGGCUUCCGACAGGGCGCUGCUCUUCGACUUCUCCGGGAAGCGCUGGUCCUGGAUUUCUCCUUGUCCCUACACCAACACCGGUGAUGAGUUGCAUGGCUUCGCCUACCACCCCACCCUCGCCGUACCCAUCACUGCUCUUCUUGAACAACUUACACUUCCCUUUAACUCCUUUGCUGCCUAGCCAUCACCUACCUGUCUUUCUUUUCCAAGAAUUUGCCUAACCAAUCUUGGGCUGUUGUUACCAAUUUCAUAUGUCUAAUUGUAAUAGCUAGCUUAAGAUCAGAUCAGUGUUAAUUGUUGCCUAAUUAAUCAACUCUCUCUCUCUCUCUCCCUCUCUCCCUAAUGAUACUUGUUGAGCAACUCAAAUCUUCUUUUGCCAAUUUACGUGACAUCAACAAUUACAUUCGUGGAUGAUUAACAUGUGUCGAUAUUAAGAGUUUAGGAUUGGACAAAACGAAAACAAAUGACCAACUUUACAUGUUUUUCUCGCAUACAUCCAUUCUUAAACAACAAAAGUAAAAAUAAAAACAAAUAAUUAAAUUGAGGGAUCAAGAUGAUGCAUAUAUGGGAACCCUUCUUCCUUUUUCCAAAGGACAUUUCAUGCCCUAGCAAGCUUCCUACAUUAUUGUCAAAAUCAAUCCCAUCUGCUGCGCUCAUUUAACUCUAACCAUGAGGAUGAGAUGGACGUUCCUCUUGAAUAUGGCUCGGAGCUCUUCGUUAGCUUCCAUGCCUAUUCUCCU